AUGAAGGAGCUGUUGAUGGUCGUUCCUCCUCAGCAGGUGGCGCAUAUUCAGGUUGCCACAGUGAGCACAUCACCCGGCCAGGCCUCUUCCCAGCACUAUCCUACCUCCAACCCAACUAAGGUUAAUUCCGUCCAGUCAACUUUAGAAUUCGUUGAAAUGCAGGCACGAUACGAUAACAUUGAUGACGCUCAUCCGAAAACGUUCGAGUGGAUACUGGAGCCUCCACAAGACGAACAGCCUCUGUGGGAUUCGUUCCUUGAUUGGCUCAAGAAUGAAGAGCCAGUGUAUUGA